AUGUAUGGAUUGUUUCUCGCCGUUCUUCUUUUUUGUCGUGUUGUACGUGACCGAACCGAAUUCAAGAUGAAAGCUAUGGUGUGUGCUCUUGCCCUGGCCGCCGUCCUGGCCGUCGCCAACUGUGCCCCGUACGAAAUUGCCUACCUGAUCCCGGAGGAUGCCACGGUGGUGCGUGUCGCCCGCUCGCCCCAGUUCAGCGGUAGCGCGGCCAACGCCGGCGCCCAGUCGUUCAACGCCGGCGGCUUCCCCGGCUUCGGUGGAUUCUCCGGCUCGUCGGCCAACGCUGCCUCGCAGUCGUUCUCGCAGGGCGGUGGCCAUGGAGGCUUCGGUGGACUGUCUGGCUCGGCUGCCUCGGCCGGCGCCCAAUCGUUCUCCGGCGGUGCCGGUGGAUUCCCUGGCUUCGGUGGAUUCUCCGGAUCGGCCGCCAACGCUGGCGCCCAGUCGUUCAGCGGUUAA